CACUCGUAGCUUCGUCAAAGUUUGCAGUAAUGAUAAAUGCAACGGAUAAAAUGGUCGAAGCCGAGGUUCUCUCCCUGAAAAAUCCUGUUUUUUGCGCCUACUUGAUCAGUUCGUGUUUUCUCGUUGUUAAAAUGAUUCUGUUGGCUUUUUUCACUGGAUACAAACGAGCCGUUCAUAAAGUUUAUUUGUCGCCGGAAGAUGCUGAUUUUAAUAAGGGUCAAGUGAAAACGCACGAUGAAGUUGAACGGGUUCGGAGGGCGCAUUUGAACGAUUUGGAAAACAUUCCAAUUUUUUGGACAAGCGCUUUCGCCUAUCUCUGGACCAAACCUUCGAUCACAGUUGCAUGUUUUCUCUAUUUUGGUUUCGUCGUAAUUCGGACUUUCCACACGAUAGUUUAUGCAUUUUUAGCUGCGCCUCAGCCAAGUCGUAUGAUUUUGUUCACUGCAGGUGUUGGGAUUGUAAUUUAUAUGGCGAUACAUUCGAUAGUUGUAGGGUUUCAGAAUUUAGCUUAAUAAAUUUGAGUCAACAAAA